GUAAGUCUGUUUGGGAUUUGACUUAUGAGAAUCAGAAUGAGAAGAAGAUCUCACUCUUUUCUUCUUGUCUGAGACCAAAAGUCCAAACACUGUGUUACAGUUCCAAACAAUUCUCCACUCACUCAAUUUUACUUCUCUUUUUAUUACCCUAAGUCUUUGCACUCCACAGCAUAAGAUAAUCUUUUUCUUUUUUUUUUUCUUUUUUAAUUUCCCCCCAAACUCAGAGGCCAUUCAUAGAUUUUCAUUUCGCUGUCCUUUUUCGGCCAGAUCACUGAAUCUUGGUGGAACUGAGUGACGUUUGCGGUUUCUCUCAGUUGUUGAAGAUUGUGAAAAUCAGGUAAUUAGGAAUGCCGAUGGAUGGAGCUUAGAUUUGAGGAAUGGGGUGUGUGAUUAGCAGGGAUGUGUCGAAGGGGAUAAUCUCUGAGGUGAAGGAGGAGAAGGGUUUGAGUGGUCAGAGUAAGAGGAAGGUUGAUGGAGUGUCAGGGAGCAAGAGUGAGAUUGUGGUAGAGAUUCAGAAUGGUGAGGAGAAAGAGAAGGGUGGUGGUGAAGAGGUGCAGCGGCCUCGGGGCGAAAGGAGGAGAUCGAAGGCGAAUCCGAGGCUGAGCAAUCUGCCCAAACAUUUGCGGGGGGAGCAGGUUGCUGCUGGAUGGCCGCCGUGGCUCACCGCAGUGUGUGGGGAAGCACUCAGUGGCUGGAUUCCAAGAAAGGCAGACACCUUUGAGAAAAUUGAUAAGAUUGGGCAAGGGACUUAUAGUAAUGUGUACAAAGCUAAAGACACAAUGACGGGUAAAAUUGUUGCCCUAAAGAAGGUUCGUUUUGACAAUUUAGAACCUGAGAGUGUAAAAUUCAUGGCGAGAGAGAUUCUUAUUUUGCGAAGGUUGGACCAUCCCAAUGUUGUAAAGUUGCAAGGUUUAGUUACGUCAAGGAUGUCCUGUAGUUUGUAUUUGGUGUUCGAUUAUAUGGAUCAUGAUUUGGCUGGACUUGCUGCAAGCCCAGGAAUCAGGUUCACAGAGCCUCAGGUAAAAUGUUACAUGCAUCAGCUGCUAUCAGGACUUGAGCACUGUCAUAGCCGUCAUGUACUUCACCGUGAUAUUAAAGGUUCAAAUCUUCUUAUUGACAAUGAAGGAACACUUAAGAUUGCCGACUUUGGACUGGCUUCUAUAUUUGAUCCAAACCAUAAACAUCCUAUGACUAGUCGUGUAGUAACCCUUUGGUAUCGACCUCCUGAGUUGCUCCUUGGUGCCACAGAUUAUAGUGUGGGUGUAGAUCUCUGGAGUGCUGGAUGUAUAUUAGGAGAGUUAUUGGCUGGGAAACCAAUCAUGCCUGGUCGUACAGAGGUGGAACAACUGCACAAGAUAUACAAACUAUGUGGUUCACCUUCCGAUGAGUACUGGAAGAAGUCAAAGUUGCCUAAUGCUACCUUGUUUAAACCACGAGAGCCAUACAAGAGGCGCAUAAGAGAGACUUUUAAAGAUUUUCCAUCUUCUGCUCUACCCCUCAUUGAUACACUUCUCGCAAUUGAUCCUGUAGAACGGGAAACUGCCUCAGAUGCUUUGAGAAGUGAGUUCUUUACGACACAACCUUAUGCUUGCGAUCCUUCUAGUCUUCCAAAAUAUCCCCCAAGCAAGGAAAUGGAUGCUAAACGAAGGGAUGACGAAAUGAGGAGACUAAGAGCUGCUGGCAAAGCUCAGGUUGAUGGCCCCAAGAAGCAUCGUACUCGUGAUCGUGGUACAAAAGCUUUUCCUGCUCCUGAAGCCAAUGCUGAGCUUCAAUCGAAUAUUGAUAGAAGAAGGCUAAUCACUCAUGCAAAUGCCAAGAGCAAGAGUGAAAAGUUCCCUCCACCACAUCAAGAUGGACAACUUGGUUUUCCUUUGGGUUCUUCCCAUCAUAUUGAUCCUGAUACUGUUCCAACUGAUGUCUCUUUCACAUCAACCUCUUAUACCUAUUCAAAGGAACCAUUCCAAGCUUGGUCUGGUCCCAUUGGUAAUGCUGCUGACAUUGGAGUGCCAAAGCGGAAGAAACACACUGCAGGUGAUGCAUUGGAUUUAUCAAAACCACAGAAAGAUUCUCUCAAGGACAAGAUUAAAGGAAAGAAAAUCAUAGCUUAGAUAUUAUUAAUACAUUCUUAUAGAGUCAAUUAAGAAUCCGCCUCUGCUACCUCAUUUUUGGAUGCAUACUACCAAUUGCUGCGCAAUGCGUUUUAAAAAUGUCGUGCUGCUUCCUCAUUCCUCGUAAAAGUAUAAUAGCUUCUCAGUUCUCAGCAACGGGUACAAAUUACUUUCCCCCAUCUUUACACCUUCAUUUUCCCCAUUUUUUAUUUCUUGGUUUUUAAUUUCAUUGAAAUGAAAAUUUUCUUUUCUGUUCAAUCUGUUAGUAUGAUGAGAGAAUUACUACUUUGUACAUCGUGAUUUAUUUUUUUAAAGGAGUCCCGUGUUAAUAUCUGAAUUGUGUUUAAUGUUUUAGAAUUAUAAUGCUGUUGAGUUA